AUAAUAUUUAACGUUUAUAGGUUAGCACAAUUAGUUAGUCGAAUAGCAUAAAGCAAAGCAAACUGUUCGGUUGUCGAAGUCUUAAAAAAACGCAAACGCGAUAUUGAAUGGUGUGCAAUUAAUUUUGAUAUAAACAACAAACAAACGAACGAAAAAAUGUGGAAAUUUGCUUAUUUAUUGGGUUUUUUGUGUACAGCAACAUUAUUCUUUAUCACGCCCUCGCUGGCUGACCCUCGUAUCAUCAAUGGCACUCAGGCUGCAGUAGACAACACCAAAUAUGUUGUGUCCAUAAGGCUGAAGCGUUAUGAAAGCAGUUUUGGCAGUGGUCAUAUCUGUGGUGGUUCGCUGAUAGGACCCAAUAAAGUUUUAACAGCUGCUCAUUGUCUGUACAAUAGCGAUAAAAAGCGUUAUCGUAAAGCGAAUGAAUUCGUUGUUGUUUUGGGUGCCCUGAAUCGAUUCCAGCGUGUUAAUGGUACAAUUGUCUCGGAUGUCAAAUCAAUUGCCUACAUGAACACUUUCAGCAUGGAUACAAUGCGUGAUGAUAUCGGUCUGAUGUUUUUGAAAACAGGUUUGCCGGUAAACAAGAGCCACUUGACCGUGGAACCAAUUGCAAUUGCCAAUACAACCACGCCAAUUGGGGUGUCAUGUCAAGUUUCGGGAUGGGGCAAAACUGAGAGGGGCUCCCUUUCGCCAGUCUUGCUUACCGCCAAUGUGACAACCAUCUCGAAAUCAGUUUGCUCCGUUUCCUAUAACAAUGGCAUACUGAAUGGUAUGUUGUGUGCCGGUCAUCUACGUGGUGGUACCGAUUCCUGUCAAGGUGAUUCUGGUGGUCCCCUGGUUUACAAUAACACCCUGAUAGGUGUUGUGUCAUGGGGCUCGGGAUGUGCCCAACCUGGAUUCCCAGGAGUCUAUGUCGAUGUUCAGUAUUACAAUAAAUGGAUUAUGGAACGCAAUGGUGCUAUAAGCCGAACUUUAAGUACAUUAACUCUAUGCGUAGCAGUAUUAUUAGGAUUAUUUAAUUAUUUAUAAAUAUAUUGUAAGAUUUUAUUUAUAAUAUACUCAAUGUUUUGUAA